CUCCACUGGUAAAACCCCUGAGUCUUUGGUUUUGCCUCUAAAUCGAGUGGAGAAGUAGGGACGUCAGUUCGCGUAACCGCUCUAUGUGGAGUAUGCAACGAGAAUCCUCUGUCCUACUUAGUCUCAACUCUCAAUCGACGGCUUCAACUUAUUAAUCGACUGUGGCUGGCAUGACCUCUUUGUCCUCUCCUUUCUUCAAUCCCUCUCCAGACUUCAAUCCAUCCCUAUAACGGUAACACCCUGUCGGAAACCUGUGAAUCUUUGGUUUCAAACCAAGUGGAGAAUGGGGACGUCAGUUCAUGUAACCCCACUAUGUGGAGUGUACAAUGAGAAUCCUCUGUCCUACUUAGUCUCAAUUGACGGCUUCAACUUCUUAAUCGAUUGUGGCUGGAAUGACCUCUUUGACCCCUCCCUUCUUCAACCCCUCUCCAGGGUAGCUUCAACAAUAGACGCGGUGUUGUUGUCGCAUCCUGAUACGCUUCACCUUGGUGCUCUCCCGUAUGCCAUGAAACAAUUUGGACUAUCGGCUCCUGUUUAUUCCACGGAACCGGUUUACAGAUUAGGCCUUCUCACUAUGUAUGAUCAGUAUCUCUCACGUAAGCAAGUAUCAGAGUUUGAAUUGUUCACCCUGGAUGACAUUGAUUCUGCUUUCCAGAAUGUGACUCGGCUAACCUACUCCCAGAAUUAUCAUUUAUCUGGAAAAGGAGAGGGAAUUGUGAUUGCUCCUCAUGUUGCUGGACAUCUAUUGGGUGGUACCGUUUGGAAGAUAACGAAGGAUGGAGAAGAUGUCAUAUAUGCUGUAGACUUUAACCGCCGCAAAGAAAAGCAUUUGAAUGGAACUGUUCUAGAAUCUUUUGUUCGGCCUGCUGUUCUGAUAACUGAUGCCUACAACGCUUUGAACAAUCAACCUCCUAAACAGCAAAGAGAAAGGGACAGAGAUUUUGUAGAUACUAUCUCGAGGACUCUAGAAGCUGGUGGAAAUGUGUUACUACCUGUCGAUACUGCUGGUCGUGUGUUGGAACUUCUCUUGGUUUUAGAAGAGCACUGGGCAAUGAAGUCUUUGAACUACCCCAUCUUCUAUCUGACAUAUGUUUCAUCGAGCACAAUUGAUUAUGCCAAGAGUUUUCUUGAGUGGAUGAGUGAUGCUAUAGCUAAAUCCUUUGAAACUUCACGUGACAAUGCUUUUCUUCUGAAGCAUGUCACACUCUUAAUCAGCAAGAAUGAACUUGAUAAAGCGCCAGAUGUUCCUAAGGUUGUACUAGCAUCCAUGGCCAGCUUGGAAGCAGGUUUUUCUCAUGAUAUUUUUGUUGAAUGGGCAGCCGAUGUCAAGAAUCUUGUGCUAUUUACUGAAAGGGGCCAGUUUGGCACGUUAGCUCGCAUGCUCCAGGCAGAUCCACCUCCAAAAGCUGUUAAAGUCAUGAUGUCUAGGAGGGUUCCUUUGGUUGGGGAGGAGUUGAUUGCUCAUGAAGAAGAGCAAAACCGGUUGAAAAAAGAAGAAGCUCUAAAAGCUAGUCUCAUCAAAGAGGAGGAAUCUAAAGCUUCUAUCGUGCCUGAUAUCGAUUCAAGUGAUCCAAUGGUCAUUGACACUAAUAGCAAGCACUCUUCACUGGAUGGUCAACAUGGAAGUGGAUACCGUGAUAUUCUGAUUGAUGGAUUUGUGCCCCCCUCCACUAGUGUUGCCCCAAUGUUUCCCCUCUAUGAAAAUGCUUCUGAUUGGGAUGAUUUUGGGGAGGUCAUAAAUCCUGAUGAUUAUGUAAUUAAGGAUGAAGAUAUGGAUCAAGCAGCUAUGCGUGUUGGUGGGGAUAUGGAUGGAAAGGUUGAUGAAGCCUCUGCUAGUUUGAUACUUGACACAACACCUUCAAAAGUCAUAUCUAAUGAGUUGACUGUGCAAGUGAAGUCUUCACUGAUUUACGUGGAUUAUGAGGGGCGUUCUGAUGGUCGAUCUGUCAAAUCAAUCCUUGCACAUGUGGCUCCAUUGAAGCUUGUCUUGGUGCAUGGGUCAGCUGAGGCAACCGAGCAUUUGAAGCAACACUGCUUAAAACAUGUCUGUCCUCAUGUUUAUGCUCCUCAAAUUGAGGAAAAAAUUGACGUUACAUCUGAUUUGUGUGCUUAUAAGGUACAAUUAUCUGAGAAGCUGAUGAGUAAUGUGUUAUUUAAAAAGUUAGGAGAUUAUGAAAUAGCCUGGGUGGAUGCUGAAGUAGGGAAGACAGAAAAUGAAAUGCUCUCUCUACUACCCAUCUCGACCCCAGCCCCACCACAUAAAUCUGUUGUCGUAGGUGAUCUAAAACUGGCAGAUUUCAAGCAGUUUCUUGCUAGUAAGGGUGUCAAGGUAGAAUUUGCUGGUGGGGCAUUGCGAUGUGGUGAAUAUGUGACAUUGCGCAAGGUUGGGUUUGCAAGCCAGAAGGGUGGCGGUUCUGGUACUCAGCAAAUUAUUAUUGAAGGCCCCUUGUGUGAGGAUUACUACAAAAUACGCGAUUAUCUGUAUUCCCAAUUUUAUUUACUUUAAAUUGCACAAUGAAAUCUGGAAAUGUGGUUCACAUGUUCUCCGCCCUUCAACUGGUUCUGCUAUUGAACCACGGCUUUUUUGGGGGCUUAUAGAGGAUGGAAGGCAAGGUUGGUGAGGCUGCACUUCAUCUGCAGCGGUGCAGCCCUACAGCCCCUUCUCUGAGAAAGAGUAUUCAUUUGGGUUGUUUCUCUGUUGAAUAUUGUGCUUGAAUAUACCAUUUACUUAUUCUAGAAAAAUGUAAGGUUGUAGGAUAGUAUAAUUUUCCUCUUGCUUUUGCACUUCACUUUUUAGGAAGUGGAGGUAUAUCUGAAUCUCUUUAAAUAGUUGCACUACUAGAACUAGAGACACACAUAUACAUAUUUGCAAUUCUCAAAUUUGCUUUC